CUUCGCCCACAAGGGAUCCCUCGCCCACGUUCAAACCGUUUCGGCACUUGGCACGUUUCUUCUGACUCGUGGUGAGGAACUCGCCCCUCGCCUACAAGCUCCGGCAGUCGUUAUAUACUCCAGUAUCUGACUUCUCCAUAUCUACUGUGACCUUGCAUAUUCUUUUGCUUCAUCCUCGAAUACUUCUCAAGCGAGCCGAUCGUUUUUGUCCCAUUUUUGUCCCAUUUUUGUCAUUCUUCAGCAACGGCGCUCUAUUCAGGCGCGUCCUAGUUGGAUUGUUCCUCACUCUCCACCAUGACUGACUCGCCUUCAUUAGAGAAGGGCGCUGUUAUCACCGACGGACCCUAUUCUCCCACCUCCUCCACGCUUGAGGGUUCUUUCGAUGCUGCCGCUGAACGACGACUUAUUCGAAAGCUCGACCUCCGCAUUCUCCCAGUACUAUGGGUUCUUUAUCUCGUAAACUUCAUUGACCGAGCCAAUAUUGGGAAUGCAAAGAUUCAAGGGAUGGAGAAGGAGCUCCACCUCAUCGGUCAACGAUUCAACAUCUCCGUCUGGGUCUUCAAUCUUGGGUACUUGGUCGCUGGUGUACCGCUCAUGGUUGUGUUCAGGAAGUACGGUCCCAAAUCGCUCUGCAUCAUGAUGUUCUUCUGGGGUAUCACUGUCAUCGGUUGUGGUCUCGUAAAACGCUGGGAGCAGCUCGUAAUUUGCCGUCUCCUCGAGGGCAUGUGUGAAGCCGCUUAUAUCAGUGGUGCAGCAUAUCUGAUCGGAGCAUACUACAAAAAGACCGAGUACCUUACUCGCUUCGUUUUCUUUUGUACUGCUGGUAUCAUUGCCGGCGCGAUCAAUGGAUUUAUCUCAAGCUUGAUUGCGAAGAUGGAUGGAACAGCUGGAUAUGGGGCCUGGAGAUGGAUCUUCAUCAUCGAGGGAAUUAUUACUAUCUGUGUCAGCAUUAUUUCAGUGCCGCUCAUCAUGCCUUGGCCCGAAAACUGCACCUUCCUGGCACCAGAAGAAAAAGCCUUCAUGCUCGCCCGCGUCAAGGCUGAAGGAGGGCACAUCGCUGAGGAUGAGAUUACUUUGAAGGAGGCGCUCAAUGUGCUCAAGGACUGGAAGAUCUGGGCUGGUGUCGCUAUGAAUAUGGGUGUAACCGAAAACGCUAACUCUCUCGCAAACUUCCAACCCACGAUUCUUAAAGGCUUAGGAUACACUUCUACUGAGGCCCAAGUGCACACCAUCCCUGUCUACCUCACUGGCGCGGCUUUCUCUGUCAUUUUCGCAUACAUGUCAGAAUACCUGCAGCGCCGGUAUGCAUUCUACAUUCUCGGCUGGGCUGUCCUUGCCGCCGGCCUUGUCGUCGAGAUUGUUUAUCCGCCGAAGGCAUCAGUCAGAUACAUGGGCAUGUUCUUCAUCGCUUGUGGAUGCUAUCUCGCCAUGCCUAUCUCGAUCAUCUGGGUCUCCAUCAAUGCCGGGAAGGGAUACAAGCGCGCCAUUGCCAUUGGUGCCAUCAUUAACUUUGGAACUGCCGGUGCUUUUGUGAGCUCCAAUGUCUUUCUCUUCAAGGAGGCGCCCAAGUUCCAUACUGGAUUUAGCACUGGCUUGGGUCUCGCCUGCAUGGGAGCUACCGCCGCUACCAUUACGUAUCUCGGAUGCAUGUACGAAAACAAGAAGAGGGACCAAAGGAGAGCGCAAUUGCCCGCAGUGCUAGAUGAGACUAUCGCGGAUCUAGGCGAUGCUCACCCAGACUUUAGGUUUGCCUUGUAGAGGCAAUGUUUGGGCGGCCACCGUGCGAUUAUUUUAGAGGGCUGGAGCGAAUAGCCUCGGGGAUGGAGACGAAUACAACUGUCGCUUCAGGAUAUUAAUAUUACAUCGAAUGUUCCUCAGUGGAGCAAAUGUGCGUUUACUCUUCACCUGUGUUUCAAGACUGGCGUGGCUUCUUUCUGUAUCCUAUCCUAGACUCGCUUGCAAUCCUUAAUUGCCCG